AGUGAGGAAGAUGAUGACUUUCAAUAUAUGGAUCAUGACUAUGAAGUACCACAGCAGAAAGGUCUGAAGAAGAUAUAUAACAGGGUAAAAUGGACACGUGAUGAGGAUGAAAAGCUGAAGAAGCUGGUAGAACAAAAUGGUACAGAUGAUUGGGCUUUCAUUGCUAGUCAUCUACAAAAUCGUUCGGAUUUUCAGUGCCAGCAACGAUGGCAGAAGGUACUAAACCCAGAAUUGAUUAAAGGUCCCUGGACUAAAGAAGAAGAUCAGAGGGUUAUUGAGUUAGUUCAGAAGUAUGGUCCAAAGCGCUGGUCUCUGAUCGCAAAGCACCUGAAGGGAAGAAUAGGCAAGCAGUGCAGGGAGAGGUGGCACAACCACCUCAAUCCUGAGGUGAAAAAGUCCUCGUGGACAGAAGAAGAGGACAGAAUCAUCUAUGAAGCUCACAAGCGUUUGGGAAACCGAUGGGCUGAAAUAGCAAAACUACUUCCUGGAAGGACUGAUAAUUCAAUUAAAAAUCACUGGAAUUCAACAAUGCGAAGAAAGGUGGAACAGGAAGGAUAUUUACAAGACACUGUAAAGUCUGAAAGAGCUAAUUCAGCCACACUUCAGCCCCAGCCUAGUCUGACUGUGGAAGACUUGCACACUCAGAAUCAAUUUUACAUACCUGUUCAGACACAUAUUUCAGCAUACCAGUAUGUCACACCAGAAGGCAGCUGUCCAGAGCACCCUUCAGCUUCUUCCAACUUAGUUCAGCAGUCAUUUGUUGAUGAUGAUCCUGAUAAAGAAAAGAAAAUAAAGGAACUUGAAUUGCUACUUAUGUCAGCAGAGAGUGAAAUCAGAAGAAAACAAAUGUCUUCUCAAGCUGGAAAUGUACCUUGUUGGUCUGGAAGUUUUGUCAUGGAAGAUUGUGUGUCUAAUACACUAAAUAGCUUUGAGGAGCAAACAAGUGAGUUCUACAGCAUGGAUGAGACCCAAAGCACAUCUGUUCAGCAGAAUUCACCCCCUAAGUAUUUGGCAGUGGAAGCAAAUACAAUGUUAUCAUCUCUACAAACCAUUCCAGAUUUUGCAGAGACGUUAGAGCUUAUUGAAUCUGAUCCGGUGGCGUGGAGCGACGUGACCGUUUUUGAGCUCUCGGAGGCUGCGGGGUCUCCUGCCAAGGCAGCUCCAGUGAAGCUGAUGCGGGUGCACCACAACGAAGGGGCUGCCGAGUGCCAGUACGACGUCAGCGUCCUGCUCGGUGCUGACAAGCUCGGCGCCAUCGGCACCCAGGAAGAGGCAGUUUUACCAACAAGCCCAAACGUAAAAUUCAGCACUCCACCUACUAUCCUAAGGAAGAAAAAGAGAUUGCGUGCUGGGCAGUCACCAGUGAAGGAACUGAAUGGUGGCCCAUGUAACGAUGCCGUCGGCACUGCGCUGAAGCACACCCCUGUGAAAACACUACCAUUUUCUCCAUCACAGUUUUUCAACACUUGCUCUGGAAAUGAACAAUUCAACCUUGAAAAUCCUGCAUUUACAUCAACUCCAAUCUGUGGGCAGAAAGUUCUUAUUACAACUCCUUUACAUAAGGAAGUGGCACCAAAAGAUCAAAAGGAAAAUGUGGGUUUUAGAACUCCCACAAUUAGAAGAUCUCUUAUGGGUUCAACACCAAGGACACCAACUCCUUUUAAAAAUGCUUUGGCUGCUCAGGAAAAGAAGUAUGGUCCCCUCAAACUGAUGUCACAACCACUUGCCUUCUUGGAGGAAGACAUUAGGGAAGUUUUGAAAGAGGAAACUGGAACAGAUAUAUUUCUCAAGGAGGAAGAUGACACUGUGUAUAAAAGCUGCAAGCAGGAGCACAACUCUUCUAAAAAAGUCAGAAAAUCACUGGUCCUAGAUCCAUGGGAAGAGGAUGAUGUUGGCACCCAGCUCUUCACAGAAGAUAAUAGUUUAGAUGUACAGUCAGAGAAUGCAUAUACCACAUCUUUAUUAAUGAAGCCAUUGUUGGAAAUACAUGACAACAGAUGUAACCUGACAUCAGAAAACCAGGAUACAAGUCCAGCAAACAAAACAGAUGCAGUAAUUACGAAGAAACCGAAUGCAUGUACUUCAAAAAAUGUCAAAAUGCAGAAAGCCCUUCAGUCAAAUUGCGAAUGGGAAGCGGUGGUUUAUGGGAAAACAGAAGACCAGCUGAUCAUGACUGAACAAGCGAGAAGGUACCUGAGCACAUACACAGCUACCAACAGCACGUCGAGGGCUCUGAUACUGUGAUGGUCCUGCAGCUGCCAGCCACCUCCUCCCAGUGGGACUGACAGGGCGUUGAAGGCGAUUCCAGCACGACGCUUGGGAACUGAGUCUUGGAGAGGCUUUGCCAAGGGAAACCUUCAAGCUGCCUUAAAGCUUCCACGCUUCCUUUGUCUGAGAGAGCAGACACAAAGCUCUCGUGUGCUCUACAAAGGGAUAGUACAAACAGCUCUGCAAUGACUGGCUUAAAUAUUAAAAAAACAACACCCUAAAAUAUGAUAAAGAAAUAAGUUGCAGUGCUGACAACACAGUUUUUAGGUCUUUUUUUCAUAUUUAUUCCUUUG